AUGAAGACACCCCCGGUGGCCCGUGACCUGGAGGCGGCCGCUCCGGCGACGGCGGAGCAGCAGACCCCCGCGACGAAGAAGGUGGUGGAGGAGGAGGAUCCGCGCCUGCGCUGGGCGUUCGUGCGGAAGGUCUACGGCAUCCUAUCCCUGUAG